AGGCUGAAUCUGGAAGAAACGACGCAGGACAACGUGUGUUUGCACGUGAACGUCAACGUGUGCCCUGACACGAUAACGUUCAAAUACAAACAACCGUUCAUAAAUUUUGAGAGGCGUGCAGUUACCGAAGCUAGCUUAGCUUUGCUAACUGGGAUCUAGACCAUCGAGAGGUUACACAUCUGUGUCAGUCCUGACGCCACACUCCAGUCCAGCAGGUGGCAGUAGGGCGGCGAAGAAACAGCGAAGAAGAAGAAGGGUCGGAGGUCAGAGGUGGAAGUUGACUUCAGUGACAACAUGGUCGAGCACGGGGACAUCCGCGUGGUCCACCGAGGGGGCAGUAAGAUCAACUUCAGGGAUCCUGUCAUCAGCCACGACUCCAGGUUGCUCCUGUGCGCCUCGGGGGAGUGUGUGAAGGUGUUCAGCACCUCCACGGAGGAGUGUGUCCACGACCUGCGGGGCCACACCGGCCUGGUGACGGGACUGCUGCUCAAACCCUCCAACCACCUGCAGGUCUACUCGUGCUCAGCAGAUGGCACUGUCAGACUGUGGGACUUCACAGAUGGAAUCCUCAUUAAGACUUAUGUCAUCGGAUGCCCAAUUUACUCCAUCUAUGCAUCUGCAAACCAUGUAGGAGUCAUCUUUGUGGUCACCACCACGCCAAGUGACAGAGGAUCUGAGUUGUUCCAGCUGGUUGCGGCCCAUCUGCCGCAGAGCGGAGAUCAGCUGGUAGAGGCCAGAGAGCUCUCUGCUGUGAUUGUCGACGUCAGCUCGAACCCAGCGGCUAUCGCCUUCGGGAAAGAGGGGGAGUUCAUUGCUUCAGCGAAACGCCUGCAGCUGGAGGUCUACUUCUUCAAGAAACAGAAGUCAUACAGGUUUUUCCUCAAAGAAGACAACAAGAAGGGAGGAAGGAACACAUUCACGUGUGUGGCCUGUCACCCAACAGACGAUUGCAUCGCCACCGGGCACGAGGACGGAAAGAUCCGCCUGUGGAGAAACUUCAACCAGAAGAAGGAGUACACGUACUCCACUCUCCACUGGCACCACAAUGCUGUCAGCUCGCUGUGCUUCACUCCAGAAGGCACCAACCUGCUGAGUGGGGGUGUGGAGUCGGUGCUCGUCCAAUGGCGAUACAACCAAGAGAGCCAGAAAGACUUCCUGCCCCGCCUGGGUGGUGCCAUCACACACAUCAAUGUCUCACCUGACGGAGCACUGUUCUGUACCUCACACAGUGACAACAAGAUCACCAUCAUCCAAAGUUGUGUGAAAGUAUCAGCCGUCAUUCAGGGCCUGGUCCAAGGCGACAGUGUGAAGACGGACUUGAUGGUGGAUCCACGCAGCAAAGCCUUGGUGCUGAACGGUAAACCAGGCCACCUGCAGUUCUACUCCCUCCAACGAGACAAACUGCUGUACAACCUGGACAUCGUGCAGCAGGAGUACAUCCAUGAGGAGGGCCUGCAGCAGUUUGAGGUGGUCAAGGCGGCUUUCAACGCCUCUGGAAACUGGCUCGCGACAGUGGAAGAAAGACAACAGAAGGCCGCGGAGCUGGAGCUUAAUUUGAAACUGUGGGAGUUUGAUGAACAGACACAGAGUUUUGUGCUGAACACGACCAUCUCGGCUCCCCACGAGGCCCGGAUUACAGCCAUGUCUUUCUGCCUGGCUGCCGACAGCCAGACCACCGUGCUGGUUUCCACCAGUAAGGACCGACACUUCAAAGCCUGGCAGCUGAAUGCAGCGGCCCACACAGAGGAUGAGGGUCCCUCCUGGUCCUGUGAGUUUGUCGGAGCCUAUCACGGGCUGGUGCCAGAGUGCUGCUGUUUCUCAGCCGAUGGUUCUCUGCUGGCGGUCAGCUUCCAGGAGGUGGUGACCGUGUGGAGCCCGUCCACCUGGGAGCUGCUGACCACUCUGUCCCAGCCGCCAGGCGCCGUCAGGGACCUUUGUUUCGGGCGACUGAGCUGUUCCAAGUAUCUGCUGGGAACCACGGGAAACAACCUGCUCUGCUGCUGGAACCUCCUCACCUGCUCCCUGGAGUGGAGCACCGUCAUGGACAUCAGCCUGCUGCUGGCGGACCCCCUCUCUGAGGACAUGGCUGCCUUCUGCUGUCAGGAUGGAUGCACCGACUUGUUUGUGUUUAAGCCAAAUGAGCCUAGGCCACUGUUUUCCCAUAAGGCGGUGUGUUCAGGGAAGGUUGCUCGGGCGGUCUUCGCUCCACGCGAGGAGAUGCUGGAGAGCUGUGUGGAGAGCAGCCAGUGGCUUAAUCGCUCGCAGCUCUACUUCCUCACUCAGUACAUGGACCUCAUGACGUUCAGCACCAAGGCAGAGGAGGAGCAACUGAUGGCCUCCAGCAAACAGCUUGUGAUAGAUGACAGCGUCGCCAUGACACCGUUCUGCCUGUUGCUGGGGAAACACAGGCGGCAGCAGGAAAAUGAAGACCCUCUGAGCAGCCUGACAGCCGAGAGAACCCCUCUGCCACAAGGCUCUGCUGCGAUAAAGGAGCUGCUGCAGACCCCAGCCCACGUGCUGCCCUCCACCUCGUUCCUCUGCUCCAUGUUUGUACGGUCUCUGCUCAUCUCCGUCACAGACUCCAGGGAGGAAGACAAACAAGUAAAGGAGGAAAUGGAGAGCGAGAAAGAGGAAGAGGAUUCUGAAGGGGAAAUGGAAUCCAGCACCUCGAGGCCCGAGGCAGCGGCGCAGGGAGGCCAGGCCUCGGAGUCGGUGGCCCCCCCCCUGACCAGAGCCCAGGUUAGGGAACUGAGGAGAGUGAAGAAACUGGAUCACAGCUGGCUGUCGGACAUUCUGCACACGUGAACGUCACACACGUCACGUGUCUUUAUUUAGGUUUAUUUUCAGGUUAUGUUCAUGUUUUUUUUUUAUUAUUCAACCAGAAUGGAUUUAUUUGGAUAGAAAAAUAGUCAAAGUGUAAACAGAUCUCUGCAAGUCCAAAACCAAAGAAAUGUGCUUGUGCAAGUAUCUGACCAUGUGGUUACACUUACAGCCUGAAUCAUUGUGGAUCAGUUUGACACAUUUCAACAAUAAAAACAACAUUUUACAGUU